CGGCGAGGCGGCAUACACACCCCUCCCUCCACGCCACCUGAUUACGUGAAGGAUGAAAAGAUAUUUUGAUGUUGUACCCAAAUUUAAAGAAACUCAAAGUAUCGGGAGAAGUUCAGGUGUUAAUUCAAAUGAUUCGCCAUUAAUAAUUGAAGAAUUGGAUCAAGCAAUUGGUGAAAGUGAAGCUAAUUUGGCUUAUAAUCUACCUGAACAACCUGAGGAUUUUGAAUCUUUGGAAGCGGAUCUUGGAUUAAGAAAAAGAAUUGCUUUUCACCCUAAUGUUCAAGAUGAGGUACGUCGUAGUUACAUUAAAAAAGGGCCGUUUCAACCUCGGGAUCAUGAUUUUCGUUGUAAGGUAAUUGGAGCCAAAAAGCGUA